AGGGAAAUCCAAAACAGCCCACCUGGGCAUAUCCAUGAAACACCAGACCCUGCAGUGCCCUCCCUAAGAGCAAUGAAGAAAUCCUCACUGCUACAGAUUUUUUGAUGACCUUAGGGUGAAAUGAAUGGUGGGCCUGGAAAGUUUCAUGUUGAGACCCAAUUUCAAGGUUCAAGCAAUUACUAACACAGUAAUACCUGCUAUAAUUGAAUCUUUUUUUUUUUUUUCCAAGCACCCAGAAACCUAAAAUUUACCUUGGCAGUGACUCAGGAAGGGUUUUCGGUGGCACAUGGGAAAGGGAUCCACAGAAGCACCCCAUCCUGGAGGGGAGAACUGAUCAUUUACUCUAGUAAAGUCGAUGCCAUAUGGAUCUCUUUUAUUUCUGAAACGAGCUGGCAGCAGUAGCAUGCAUCAGACCUACAUGGUGUGGAUCUGCAGGCUUUGACAAAGAGAAAAUCCCAAGUAUUAAAUAUUAACCCGGGAAUCCUGCUUCUGCUUAAAAGCAACAACUCUAGUCGGACUCCAGUUCAGUUUUUCAUCUGUAAAAUAGAGAUAAUAGUUAUCUAAUCAUUAAGAUUUUUGCAAGGAGGAAAUGAAAUAAUGUCUAUAAAGAGCUCAGCAUAGUGCUUGGUACAUAAUGCUAAAUCAUUGCUAACUACUGUUGCAUUUAUUGAAAAGCAAAGGUACAGAAAUUAUGAGUUGAGAAUUCCCUAGAAGAAGUGAAAGUGAAAGCAGCUUCCCAAAUCAACUUCAGAGUGUCGCUCCCUGCUCCUUUCCUUUUCUAGCCUGCACGGAAGGUUCUGCCUUUGCAAACACAUGUGUGUGUGUGUCCGUGACUCCUCCUACACUGUAUCCCCCACCCCAGACAAGGGAGGUGGGGAGGAAGGGGUGGGAUGGUCACUGAGUGAGAGGAGGCUGCGAUUAUAAAUCAAGUUUGGGACGAGGAGAGAGACUAACUUAUCUGAAUGUGUUCCCUCAUAUUGGCUCCAGGAAUUGCUACUAAGAAUAGUGGAUGCAGGUUCGUUUGGUCACCUAUGGUGUGUGAAAUAGAGCCCCUGCUCAGAAGAUGGGACCAUUUCUGGGCUCAUCUGUGUGUUCAACAAACCUCACUUGUCUUUGGAAUUGGUUUUAUUUAAGAACAUAGGGACUUUAGUUCUAUGAGAGUUGCAGGUUUCCCUUUGUUUUGGGGAGAAGAAGUGUUGUGGGCUCGGGCUUGGGUUUGGGUCUAAUACAAUCUCUUUUAAAAACACAACUAUGAAUAAACCAAAAAUUAGAUAGAAUAUAUGGCAGUUUUGCUCAUCAGUAUUUUGGCCCAAGUAAAAGUUAGCCUGAGCUCUGUCAUCAGCGUGUUUGCUUGCUGUGGACAUUGUUUUUCUUUCUGCCCCUCUUCUUUCUAAAGCUUCUUAGCUGAUCUCCUUGCUGUUUGCUUUGUUCUUUUAGUCUGUUGUGUUGUGAGUUGACCUACAAUUUUUCUAUCUCAAGUGGCAGGUAGUUGCCCCCAGGAAAUGCACUUGUAUGCGCCACUGUUUAGACAAAACUUCCAUCUGCAAAGUGAGUCUGAUUUAGAGAUUGCAGUCUGAUGUAACAGAAAUGUGUUCCGUAAGAAUUUUGAUCUAUGUCAGCAGUGAUUGGUGGGAAAUUUCUAGAAGGUGUGACAUCAUUUAGUCCCCAUAUUUUGAUGCCAUCCUUAAACAUAAAAUCAUUGAAAGUAAAUUGUCAUCUGACAUGACAUUUGACUGCCAAGUAUAUGUAACCAUUUGAAGAGGAACAGAGUAUUGUUUGAUAUUUAUGCUUUUAUAUAAAAUUUGCUCUCUGCUGAUGCAUAGUAAGCCUCUCGUCAACAUUUCUUGAUUGAAUAAAUGAGUGGAAUUAUGCAAUCUGGAAUAGCAGUUAGAAAACUGGUUGAGAUAGGUCUGGGUUUAAUAUAAAAGCAGGAGGAAGUGGUAUGAAGAGGAAAUCCUGAAAAGGGGAACAGCAUGUUUAUAGCAACAAAAGAGUCAGGGAGGGUUAAGACAGUGCUUCUUAAACUUUUAACAGCUAUGGUGAAGAAACAUGUUAGUUUUGUUGUCUUAAAUUUCUAAUCUGCCAGGACCAACACUUUCAUAAAAUUCAAUAACAAUGAAUUACUGCAAAAAUGAUCAUGUGAUAUUAAGAUUUACAAGUGCUUACUUCCUAUUUCUACAUAGCUCAUACAGGACCUGUAAAAAGCAGUUCACUGACCUACAACAGGCUCCAAACACACUUUAAGUAGCACUAGUUUAAGGAUUGGUCAGCGAUAAAACUCGAAAGAGGUUGGAGCUGGAUUGUCAAGAAUCCUGCACAUGAUUAUAGGAUUCCAACCUUUAUGCCAUCAAAAUUGACACAAAUUAUCUUCCUGUACUUGCAUUUUAGGUUAACAUGCUUAAAACUUUUGUGCUGGACACAUGAUUGAUGAAACAUAUAUAGUAAAACCUUGGAUUGCGAGUAACUUGUUCUGCGAGUGUUCCACAAGACGAGCAAACAUUUCUUAUAAAUUCUAACUUGAUAAAAGAAUGAUGUUUUGUAAUAUGAGUAGUAUGCGGUACCAAAUGCCACAUGAUCACAACUCUCUCUCUCUCUCUCUCUCUCUCUCUCUUUCGCUGCGGGGUUGUGGGUGAUCGCCCCCCUCUCCCCAUGCUCGAAUGCUCGGUCUCAAGUCACAGUGUUUGGCAGAAAUCAGUGAUUUUCCAGAACAUUGGAAGGUGCCCACAACUGGCACUAGUGUAGUUUUGUCACUUCAAAGCACCUAUAGGCAGUCGUUUGCUUUUCCAUACAAGAGUAAGCUUGGGAGUGCUUUGCUCCAUUCUAGGUCAGGCUGCCUGCAGAUAGAGACCCUUUCCUUUGCUGCCUUAUUGCCAGUUACAUUAAAUACAGUAUAUGACAAGAGUUUAUUAAUACUGUACUGUAGUCAAUAUCCGUGUGAGCUUAUACAAUAGCCCCAUGCAGAAAAAGUUGAAAAGAAAGGCAAUAAGAAGGAGAUGAUUACAGUGGACGUUAAGAAGGAAAUCAUCGCGAAGUGUGAAUGAGGUAUGCAAGUGGCUGAAAUUGCAAGAUUUUAUAAAUCUAACAUCUGCAUCUCAUCUGCAGAGGAGGAAGAGAAAAAGGCAGAGGAAUCCAUCACUUCGAGUGAGAUUAGGGAGGUGUGUAAAAUGUGGGAAAGAGUGCAAAACUUUGUAGGAAAGAAGCACUCCCAUAAGACUGUAGCAGUGAGAGCUAUGCACCUGUUUAACAAAGCAAUGUCCCAUUUCCGCGAAAUCCUCAAAAGAAGGCAAAAGCAAGUGUCAUCGGAUAGGUUCCUUGUUAAAGCUGCAUGUCAAGAAAAAGAUUCCAUUGAGCUAACAGAUAGCAGUGAUUCCCUUAGUGAUAGUGAAAGUUGUCCUACACAGUAACCCUCCUCUCUCUUGUCUCCCUCACACCAGAUGCGGAAGUUUUCAAAGGUAAGUGCAGGUUAAUUUGUUUAUUUUUCUUUAUAUUUUGUAUUUUCCUUAUUAUUUUGUACUAUAUUACAGUAUUGUAAUCAUUUUUUAAUGAGUGUUUUUGGAUUGUGGAGCAAAUCAUCUGAGGUUCCUUUAUUUUUUAUGGGGAAAUUUGCUUUGAUAUACACGUGCUUUGGAUUAUAAGCACGUUUCUGAAACGAAUUCUGCUCUCCAGCCAAGGUUUUAUUGUGUAUAAAGAACGGUUUUGGCUUAGCAGAUACUGGUUAGUGCCCUAUAAUUUGCUCAGUACUUUCUUAUUUUGGAAAUAAAUAAACUCACUGGUGGAAAUUUGGGUUUGUUGAGUAAAGGAGCACUUUUUAUUAUCUAGGGUUCUCCUCCUCUCUCUUGUAUCUGUUCCAUCUGAGUUGGUUGGAUUUUACAGCAGAUUUCUCAGGAGACCAGAACUGAUCUGUGAGCCCUCCUGCCUUUUAUUGCGCUAUUCUCUUAUGGUGUCUUUUCAGUCACCAGGUUUCAAGAUGCUACGAGUACAAAGGACCAAACUGGGCAGGCUAGGGCUCAGCUUGUACAAAGGGCUUCACCACAAGGCUGUGAUGGCCCUGAGGCGGGAGGAUGUGAACGCCUGGGAGCGGAGGGCACCCCUGGCCCCCCGGCACAUCAAAGGGAUCACCAACCUGGGGUACAAAGUCUUAAUACAGCCUUCCAAUCGGCGGGCCAUUCACGACAAGGAAUAUGUUAAAGCUGGUGGCAUUCUUCAGGAAGAUAUUUCUGAAGCUUGUCUAAUUUUGGGAGUUAAAAGACCCCCGGAGGAAAAAUUAAUGUCUAAGAAGACUUAUGCAUUCUUCUCCCACACAAUAAAGGCUCAGGAGGCCAAUAUGGGCUUGUUGGAUGAGAUUCUAAGAAAGGAAAUCCGACUGAUCGAUUAUGAGAAAAUGGUGGAUCAUAGAGGAAUACGGGUAGUGGCAUUUGGACAGUGGGCAGGUGUAGCAGGGAUGAUCAACAUUUUACAUGGAAUGGGGUUAAGGCUCCUUGCUUUGGGACAUCACACACCUUUUAUGCACAUUGGCAUGGCUCAUAACUACAGGAACAGCAGUCAGGCUGUGCAAGCCAUCCGCGAUGCCGGCUAUGAAAUAUCUCUGGGUUUGAUGCCAAAGUCGAUAGGGCCCUUGACAUUUGUGUUCACAGGGACUGGUAAUGUAUCUAAGGGAGCCCAAGAAAUCUUCAAUGAGUUACCUUGUGAAUAUGUGGAGCCACACGAAUUAAAAGAAGUUUCCCAAAAUGGAGACCUGAGAAAAGUCUAUGGGACGGUGUUAAGUCGCCAUCAUCAUCUUGUCAGGAAAACAGAUGGUGUGUAUGAUCCUGUAGAGUAUGACAAAUAUCCUGAGCGCUACAUAAGUCGUUUUAAUACUGAUAUUGCGCCCUAUACAACUUGUUUAAUUAAUGGAAUCUACUGGGAACAAAACACCCCUCGAUUACUAACUCGCCAAGAUGUCCAGAGCCUCUUGGUUCCCGGCAAGUCCUCGGUUGCUGGUGUGGAAGGCUGCCCCGCAUUACCACACAAACUUGUGGCAAUAUGUGACAUUUCAGCUGACACAGGAGGAUCUAUAGAGUUUAUGACUGAAUGUACAACGAUAGAACAUCCCUUUUGUAUGUAUGAUGCAGACCAGCAUAUUAUUCAUGACAGUGUCGAAGGCUCGGGAAUUCUGAUGUGUUCCAUUGACAAUCUGCCAGCACAGCUUCCAAUUGAAGCUACAGAAUACUUUGGAGACAUGCUUUACCCUUACGUUGAAGAAAUGAUAUUAUCAGAUGCAACACAACCUCUUGAAAGUCAGAAUUUUUCUCCAGUGGUGCGGGACGCAGUGAUUACAUCCAACGGUACAUUGCCUGAUAAAUAUAAAUAUAUCCAGAAACUCCGAGAGAACAGGGAGCUUGCUCAAUCACUUUCAAUGGGCACCAAGAAAAAGGUCUUGGUUCUUGGAUCUGGUUAUGUAUCUGAGCCUGUACUGGAAUAUCUGUCAAGAGAUGACAGUAUACAAAUAACAGUAGGCUCUGAUAUGAAGAACCAAACUGAACAGUUAGGCAAGAAAUAUAAUAUUAAUCCUGUUAGCAUGGACAUUAGUAAACAAGAAGAGAAAUUGAGCUCCUUGGUGGCAAAACAGGACCUUGUCAUCAGCUUGUUGCCUUAUGCAUUGCAUCCUCUUGUGGCCAAGGCAUGCAUCACAAGCAAAGUUAACAUGAUCACCGCAAGCUACAUCACACCGGAACUAAAAGAAUUAGAAAAGAGUGUGGAAGACGCUGGCAUCACUGUUAUUGGCGAACUGGGACUGGACCCUGGUCUUGAUCAUAUGUUGGCAAUGGAAACCAUAGAUAAGGCCAAGGAAGUGGGAGCCACGAUUGAAUCUUAUAUUUCCUACUGUGGCGGGCUUCCAGCCCCGGAACACUCGGACAACCCUCUGAGAUACAGAUUCAGCUGGAGUCCAGUGGGAGUUUUGAUGAACAUAAUGCAGCCCGCCACCUACCUGCUCAACGGAAAGGUUGUGAAUGUCGCAGGGGGCAUCUCCUUUCUUGAUGCAGUGACCCCCAUGGAUUAUUUCCCCGGAUUAAAUUUGGAAGGCUAUCCUAACAGAGACAGUACGAAAUAUGCUGAGAUUUACGGCAUCCCAUCUGCGCACACUCUGCUGCGGGGGACACUGAGAUACAAGGGUUAUGCCAAAGCUUUGAAUGGAUUUGUAAAACUGGGUCUCAUAAACAGAGAUCCAUUUCCUGCCCUUCGACCUGAGGCCAACCCUCUCACCUGGAAAGAACUCCUUUGUGAACUUGUUGGGAUUUCACGCUCCUCCACGCAUGAUGUGCUUAAGGAAGCUGUCUUUAAGAAAUUAGGAAGAGAUAAUACCCAGCUGGAGGCUGCUGAACGGUUGGGCUUACUUGGGGAUGAACAAGUCCCUCGAGCAGAGUCUGUGGUGGAUGCACUCUCCAAGCAUUUGGCCAGGAAACUCUCCUAUGGCCCUGGAGAGAAAGAUAUGAUUGUGAUGAGAGACAGUUUUGGAAUCAGACAUCCUUCCGGACAUUUAGAAAAUAAAACCAUUGACCUUGUGGUUUAUGGGGACGUCAAUGGCUUUUCAGCCAUGGCGAAAACUGUGGGGUUACCCACUGCUAUGGCAGCCAAGAUGUUGCUUGAUGGUGAAAUUAAAGCUAAAGGCCUGAUGGGGCCCUUUUCAAAGGAGAUCUAUGGACCAAUUUUGGAGCGAAUUCAAGCAGAAGGCAUUAUAUAUUCAGCACAGAGCAUAAUCACACCAUAACUGAGAAUUAUAUCUUGUUAUCUUCCCAUGUAGCGUCGUUUUGAACAUUUGUGCAACAAACAUGCUUGCUAAUGUACUACUUUGAAAUAUAAAGCAUGAUUUUUUUUUUGAGUCAGUCAAUGUAAUGAUAUUUUUAAAAUAUAAGUCUCUAUUUUAAUAUGAAAGCAUUUGGAAAAGGAGAUGCCAGUAAUUACCAGAGAAGUUUAAUAAUUCUACAUGUAUUUUUUUCACGUGUAUGUAAAAGUGAUGAUUGUGUUAUAUGUUAAUUUAUUGUGCAGCCUUUUUUCUUAUAAGAAUAUAUUUUCCUAUCAUCAGCAGAUAAACUUUUAUCUUUUUUGGUAAGAAAAAAAUUUUUCCACAGCUAUAUUUUUGUACUUUUCAAAUGAGUCAGUUAGACACUUUUAGAUUACUUACCUAUGAACCUUUGCAAUAGUUCUGUUUUAUGGCUUUUUGGUAAAAUUAUGAUUUAUCUAGUAAAUAACAUUUCUUAUAGUUUUCUUUUGAGCUUUUGGAAAAGGAAAUAGGUAAGAUUAAAUGAAAAUCCACAUGAUCACCUUGUUAGAGACAGAAAAAGCAUUUAACAAAAUCUAACACCCUUUCAUAAUAGAAAGACUCAAUAAACUAGGAACUGACUUUUUUUAACCUGAUAAAGAACAUCUAUGAAAAACCCAUAGCUAGCAUCACAUUUAAUGAUGAAAGGCUGAAGGAUUUCCCCUUGAAAUCAGAAACAAGACAGUAAUAUUUGCUUUUGGCUCUUCUACUCAACUUGUACUGGAGGGUCUAACCAGGGCAAUUAGGCAAGAAAAUGAAAUUAAACACAUCCAUAUUUGGAAAGAAGAAGUAAAACUAUCUCUAUUUGGAGAUGGUAUGAUCUUAUAUAUAGAAAAUCCAAAAGAAGACUUUAAGAAAAUUAUAGAACUAAUACUUGAGUUCAGCAAAGUUGCAGGACACAAGAUUAAUAUACAAAAAUGAAUUGUAUUUCUGUAUAAUUAUCAAUAAAUGAAAACAAAAAUGAUACUGAAAAAAUAAUUAAACUUACAGUAGUAUGAAAAAGAAUAAAAUAGGAAUAGAUUGAGAGUCCAGAAAUAAUCCUCAUAUUUAUGGUCAGUUGAUUUUUGAAAAGGGUGCUAAGACAAUUCAAUAGAGGAAAAUAGUCUUUUCAUCAAAAGGUGCUGGAACAAUU